UAAAAAAUUUCCAGUAAAACAGAGUAGCCCAGAUUGAAUCGUGUGUAAACCUAAGUAAAGGCUAAAGAAACGAACUUUGCAAAAGAAAAUUCUGAACUUUCGAAAGAUGAACACAACCUCUGAUCUCCAUGACCGUCUUCUCGGAUUAUCUGAACCAAUAGCAGAGAUCCUCAGACGUACACAGUACACACCACAAGAGAGUAGCAAAGUAUCCACCAAAGACAUACUCUUUUCCCUGUUACCAAACACUUCUUCUCCUCACCGAGUCAAUGAAGAAGAAGACGGUCAUGCUUUGAUCAAGAAUCUCGCGCUUGCUUGUGCACUCCUCUCUUCUUCACGUUCCUCCAAGCACGAACUACUCUCAUGGAUUCCAGAAAACCUCUCUGUCAUUGGGGAAUCUACAUUUCGCGAGAUUUCAAGGGAUCGUUUCAGUGAUUUCCCUCACAACAGUAAUGCUGAGGAGCUCGAGGGAUUGGUAGUUGAUAGUGGGAAGAUUGAAUUGUUGCCGAUUGUUUUGCCAGAGUUAAAAGAUACAAUUUAUAAGAGUUCACUUGGUAAGAACAAUGAUGCAGAUGAUGUUUCAGCUGUAAUGGCGAGAACACCUGUUGGUAAUGCGAUCAUUGCGGCUCACCAGCUCAGGUGGUUUGUGACUCAGGUUGAGAAACCGAAUUUGGUGAAAUUUUGCAACUUGGUGGUUCCUUGUGCUUUGACAGCACUUGAUCAUUGGUCUCCUGAAGUCAAAGGGCAAGGUAUGAUAAGCUUAGUUCAUCUCGCUAAAAAUGUGACUUCAGGUGACCUCGGUUUGUAUGGAGAUGUGGUUCUUGAUGCGUGUUGCCAGAAUAUAGCUUCUGAUGAUGAGAUUUGGAUACAUGUGGUAGAGUUAUCUGUUCUUCUUGUGACUAAAAUCCACCCAAAUAAUCCCCGUAGCCCGUGGUACGAGAAGAUUAUGAAUGAGAUGCUUGGCCAUUUGGAACGCCAACCAAUAAAUAAGGAGCGACGUAUCACUUGGCUAAGAUUCCUCGAGCCACUCUUGAACGCUCUAGGGCUUUUCCUACUUGCUCAUUUUCGGCGUAUCUUCCCUCUUUUCUUUCACUGGAUGCAUUCAGACGACGCUGAAACUGUUUUGUUGGUUCUUGAGAGACUGGAGACUGUUGUGAGGUUGACGUGGAUUAGAAACUCACCUGUGAUCCCAAGAUUGGUGAAGGAGCUAGUUUCCUUGUACAAAGAGUCAUCAACUCGUAAAGAUCGCGAUGAUAUUAGACCUCUUAUCCUCCGUAUCUUGAUGCUACUCCGCCAGUGCAAAAGCGUACAGUUUGUGUCAGCUUGGAGUCAGUACCAGGAGGAUCCAAAUCUGAGCACUGUUAGUGAAUAUAUAUGGGCUACCUCGACUUAAUCUCAAGAGCUUCUGUUUGACUUAUAGGCUUACAGUUCACGACAAAAGCAGGCAUUCUUAUGGUUUGUGACUAAAGCAGCCAUUCUUUUUUCUUCUAAUUCUCGAUAGUUAGUGUUGUCUAGGCCCAGUGGUGCACUGUAAUUACUGGCUAACAUCGAAUUUCUCUUUUUGUCUUAUUGUAUGAAUUUGGUUCUUUGACUCUUAAGCUAUACUGAUUUGCUGCA